GCUUGGAGGUUUGCUAAUUCAGUUAGCCGAGGAGAAACACGGUGUAGCUACAGCAAAUAAACACGAGCAGCGAUAACAAUCCUCGGACCCUUCAGAGACGAUACGGGGUAAAGGAUGAAUUAAUCACAACACGGUGCCGCCGGUCUGACAAACCUCGUGUCAGUAAAACUGUGAAAACAACCGCAGUAGAUGUUUAGCAGGCAGCUACUGUUAGCAGGUAGCUUCACUGCUAGCACGAGAGGAGGCAAGCGGCCAGCUGAACGACACACAGGGGCUAAAAUUAGCUUACAUCUGGCUGCCUAACCUGACAGCGUCUAACUCCACUAAAUAAAGACAUCGAAUGAGGUUAAAACGACAGCACAGCAGCGACCUGUCAACGCCUGUAGGAAGUUAGCAGCCAAACGAGCAGCUAACUGUUAGCUACGAGCCGAAGAACGAGUCGGACGAGCCAAUAUCUACGACAGACUCCUCCUGUGGCUCUGACGGGUAACAUGAGGCAUGUUUAUAACACCAGCAGUUCUUCCUCCUCCACCUUACGCUUCUUCGGCCAUUUCUCCAAGUGACGGAACAGUGGAGGAGCUCUACUGCCACCUGUUGCUUUGGAAAUUAACAUUGAUAGAUAGAUAGACAGAGACAGACAGACAGACAGACAGACUGACUGAUACUUAUGCCUACAUGAACACUUUAUUUUAGAAUUAACAAAUUAAAUUAAAUUAAAUUAAAUUUAUCCUGCGCAGUCCGCUUCUGCGCAGGAGGUAAAUAAUUUUUAUUAAAAAAAAACGUAUAAGAACAAAAAGCCUAUUAAUUUGCCAGAAUUUUUUUUUUUUAUAAUAACCAGGAUUGCUCAACCCCUUGAAAGUACCAACUAUAAAAUACAAUUUCUAACAUUUCUAGGACUGCAAGGCAGCACUCAGCGGGCCUGAGCACAUGCAUUUUGAAGCCCUGGUACAAGUACCCGUACUCUAUGCAAAAAUGUGGAAUAUAAAAGAAAGAAAACAUCAGCGACUCUUGGCUGUGCCAUUUGGCUAUAUUGCCAAAUGGCCACUAAAUGCUAAAUAGUAGGCUUCCUGUUGCGUUUUUCAAUCUGGGUGAGGUGAGGGGUAUUCAGCUGCAUCAUACAACUUCACCACUAGAUGUCACUAAAUUCUACACAGUGGACCUUUACAUUUUACAAAGAAGAAAAACACAUGCACUGACAAAGUGAUGGAGUUUCACCUGAACUCUCAGAAUAAUUUACGACCACCCACUUCCCAUAUAAAUAACACACAAAAAAAGAAACACCGUUUGGUAGAAUCCACAUCUGUCACAUCUGUACUCGCACUCUGAACAGGCCUAAAGCUCUCUGUCGCUGUGCUGACUUCUGUGGGGGUCUGUGAUAUGGCACAACUCUGGGAACCCCCCUUAAAAAAAAGCUCCUGCAUAUAACAGACUGAUCUUGAAGACAAAGCGGGUUAAUUCUAAGCCCCCACCACCGCCACCCACAUUCUCCAAUUUGAAAGCCGCCUCUCUACCGGGAGAGGAAGGCUCUUUUUCGGUCAGAUGGCGUGCUGCAGUCCGCCCCCGUCAUUCUCCAGCCCACACAGACAGCAAAAAGGCAGCCAGCGACCAAUACGGUGCGCCGGAGGAGGAUUUCUGCCAGUGAUUUCAGACGAGCCACGAUACGCAAAGGGGGAUUUACUACGCCAAUCUGAGCCGGGGAAGCUUGCAGCGAUAGCCUAUAGGUACCAGGUUUUGGGUCGGACAGUAUCGACCUGUGACAUCUGUUGGAGAGACACCUUUGCGUAAUUACGCCUGUGUCCUCUCUGCGCAUCGACCCGGCCUGGAUAAGUGCUGUGUGCCAUGUCUCUGCCACGCACACUUGGGGAGCUGCAGCUCUAUCGGGUGCUACAGAGGGCCAACCUACUGGCUUAUUAUGAAACCUUCAUCCAGCAGGGCGGUGACGACGUCCAGCAGCUCUGUGAGGCCGCAGAGGAGGAGUUCCUGGAGAUCAUGGCCUUAGUUGGCAUGGCCACCAAGCCGCUGCAUGUGCGUAGGCUGCAGAAGGCCCUCCGAGACUGGGCGGCUAACCCUGCCCUCUUCAACCAGCCUGUCGCUAAUGUUCCCCUCGGGGGCAUCCCUCUGUUCAAAGUGGACGGAACGGGCUCAGGUGGAUCCAGGAAGUCUGUGAGCAACGGCCAGCCCGGGUCACCAUGUGAGAGGGAGGAUCGGGCAUGUCUUACCCCAAUGCACAGUGGGAGUCCCAGAAGCCCCUGCUCCCAGGCCUCCCCACAGCCACCAGACUUACACUACAGGGAAAAACUGUCACCCAUGGACCCGCACUGGCUCAGCCCAGAGCCAGAUGGAAACUGUUCAGCAUCUGGAUUUGAGGAGGAGCCGCCCAGCCCACCUAUGCUGUCAACGUUUCCCCCUGGUCCCUCCACAUCUCCCAGUCCCUCUGCUUCGGUCGCCCCUACAGCCCUGUCAGCCUGGCCCGGAGGACAGCUGGACGGGGAGACGGCGAGGGCAGUGGUGGAGAGCGUGGAUAGGCUCCUAAGGACCAUGCCAAGGUCAGAUCACACAGAGGUGAAGACACUGCUUAGGAUGAACAAGAAGUUGGCAAAGACUGUGGGGCACAUCUACAAAAUGGGGUCCCAGGACGUGAACAAGGAAGAGGAGAUCCGGAAGUACAGUCUCAUUUAUGGACGCUUCGACUCCAAGAGGAGAGAAGGCAAGCAGCUCACACAUCAUGAGUUGAUCAUCAAUGAAGCUGCAGCCCAGUUCUGUAUGCGCGACAAUGCCCUUCUGCUGAGACGAGUGGAGCUCUUUUCAUUGGCUCGGCAGGUGGCGAGAAAAUGUGCCUACACCUCCACUCUGAAGCAUGCAAGGACAAACGCAGAUGAGAACAGUGUGGUGCCACAGAAGAGAGCAAGACAGGAGGUAAUGGUGCCGGAGUGUGUCUCAUCACUUCUCGGAGUGGAGAGCUCGGAGGCCUUGACCCAGAGAGCAGACGAUGACAGUUUAUCUGCAGAGAGCCUCGACAGUGUAUCACAUGACAUGGGCUCACAGUGCAACCAGUCUCCUUCCCCUCGUCCCCACACCGACACGUCCAACCCCGCCAGCUGGAGUCGCCACCUCAUACAGCAGACACUAAUGGACGAGGGGCUGCGAUUGGCUCGGAUGGUGUCUCAUGAUCGAGCUGGCAAGAUCAGCCUAGGGUCAGAAGGGACUCGCUCCUCAGACCAUGACAGUAAAGUGGAGAAGCGGGGCUCAUUAACAGCGUGCAGGAGCAGUAGCCCCUGCAUCACCAGAGACAACUCCAAUCACCGAGGGAAAUGAAAAGUGCUCCGAGGUUAUCAGCGAACUCGAUGUGCUCAGGCCCAACGCUGAACUCCACUCAGACUGCUGCACAGGCUGUUACCAAGCAGGUUUCCUCCACAUGUACUUCACUGACAUCACAAGCAUCUGAGUGACUCUAAAGUCUUUACAGUUCAUGUCCGAAUUUACCAGCGACUAAACUCAUCAACCUGCAGUGACUUCUAAAUGCUGUGGAUAAGGUUAAAAAAACGUUUACUUUCAUUGAGUAAAUAUGCAGAGGGGUCAUUUUUUUGUUUUCUUUUUCAAAUACAUGGACUUUAAGACCUGCAGAUUUGAUCUAAUAGUAAAAAAAAUGUAAUAAUUGUUCUUCAAUGAAUCAAACUGUUUUGAGCUGUGCUGUAAAAUUCACCUGUUUCAGAUGAGAUGGGCUCGGCACAGCAGGGGGCACUGCAACUUUGGAAAUGGACUCUCUGAACUUAAUCCGGCCUGAGUGAAAAUGUAGUAGCAUGGAGGGAAUUUACAGUCUCAGCCCGUAAUAUAAUAACAAGACAAAGACUACAAUCUCUGCAGCUCAUCCCCCUCAGGAAACAAGCAGAUUUGCUGGUUUUUAACUGACGUCGACUUGGUAGAUCAGAGAACAGUGUUCCUUCACAAUCAAAGAUAAUCUAUGUAGAGGAAGUAGGGAAACAGUGGGCGGUUGAGACACAAAUUGAUCGACAUUUUUCAAUCCUGCUGUUGGUUCAGAUGCCUCUUAUCCUUUUUACUGCAUCAUCUAGUCACCUGUCAGAUCAGAAGAGGCACCCUGAGAUCUAUAUAUACACACACAGUAUAUAUGAAGCCACAAGCCUCCAUUUUCUCCCUCACAUCCUUCUUUACUGGAUUUUUUCCACAGACGACCAAAUACUUUUGCACAAAACAAAGCAAUCAACACUUCUCUUUGAGGCAUUUCAUUACUUUAAAUGAUUUGUAAAAUGUACUGAGAAAACAUUUUCUAAAGUCAGCGGCAUUUAAAAAGAAUAAAGACACUUUAUUGAUUUCCAGGGGAUUGAUUUUCACUCUUCUCUUUAAACCCUGGAGUGAAGUUUCAGAUGCACGGAGCAGCAGGCCUCAGCAUUUUGCUCACUUUUGAUCCAGCAGCACCUGUAAUUCAUUUCAGCCGACUGGCUCUUAUAAGGAAGAGUUAAAAUGGGCUUAAACAAGGCAAAUAUUGAUAAUUGAUGAAAAAGGAUUUUGUACCCUCCACCACAGAUAUGUCAGUGAAGUAACUUGCUGUGAAUCUGUUUCACCUGUCUGUCUGCUGAGCAUUAGUGACCUCAGUUUAUUAUGUUGCAAACAGAUAAUUUAUUUUGUUACAUCUCAAUAAAUGUUAUUUUAUUGCUUAAA